AUGACAAUAAUAGAAAAUAUCAGGGUCGCUAAGCGAUCGCGGCAGGAAGAUACUUUUACAUUGGAUGAUAUUGAAGAUUACCAGACUAGAAUUAAAGUCCAGCGCAUACUCAAUGUCUUGCCGGGCAAGUCCAUCCAGCUCAUCCUCAACACCCUUGUAUCCAAGAGAGGUAACUACGAAAAUGCCCUGGAACAUCUAGCAAGCAUAGAGGAUUAUCUACCCACGGACCCCAUCUCUGACGACGAGCUAAGUCUGGACCGCCAUACACCCCACGUGGAGCCAGCGAAACAACAGAUUAAGGCGAGAACACGCAUCCAGGAUAAGUGGACUUCAAGCCAGAGACUUCCAACCCAAAAGAGUGGGUCUGAUAGAGAUGCCUCAGCACCCCGUAAGCGGUUGAUCAGGGGUCAAAGAAUGCGUACUUCAUCUCCCCCAUCCAGGGCAUCUCCUGCUCCUGCCAGAGUCUCCAAGAAGCCUGGAAGGCUUAUUAAAGGCAGGAAAUCUAGACCACGAUCAGAAUCUCCAGAGAUACCUAUAGUUGAGAUAGACUCGUCUGAGUCCGAUAACCAUGAAGAUUCCGAAGACGAUAGUAUUCUGGAAUCAAAAGUCCUUAAAUUUUUCAAUUCAUGUUCCGUGGCAGAUCUAUCCGACAUCGCUGAAAUCCGGGAAAAUAUUGCCAACACUAUUAUCUCAAAACGUCCGUUCAAAUCUUUGAACGCGGUUCGUCAAAUCACCCAGGAGGACGAUUCGAUUGGAAAGACUUCAAAGGACAAGUCGAAAAAGUAUGCUAAGAAGCCGAUUGGGGACAAAGUUGUCGACAAGUGUCUUGACAUGUGGACGGGUUAUGAAGCUGUGGAUGUUCUUGUUUCUAAAUGCGAAGCACUUGGAAAGCCAGUUGCAAACGAAAUGAAACGAUGGGGCGUGGACAUUUUCGGCACAAAGACACAAGGCGAGCUUGAAAUUACUUCUUUGGAUACCAAGAACACGUCAGAUGGGACCCAUGAUUCUGGAAUUGGCACUCCUUCCAGCGGCUGUUCCCUGAGCGUCGACGAUGACGAACUCAAACCCAACAAUAACUCGCGCAAGAAACAGCAGUAUAUUGGCCAGCCAGCAAUAAUGAGCGAAUCGAUCACGAUGAAGAAUUACCAGAUUGUUGGGAUCAACUGGCUCAAUCUUCUCUUCGAGCAGAAUUUGAGCUGUAUCCUUGCAGAUGAUAUGGGUUUGGGGAAAACCUGCCAAGUCAUCGCUUUUCUUGCCCAUCUCUUCGAGAAAGGAGUCAAGGGGCCGCACCUAGUGGUAGUUCCCUCUUCGACUCUGGAGAAUUGGCUCCGUGAAUUCUCCGUGUUCUGCCCAAAACUAAACGUCAUGCCUUAUUACGCUAACCAGAAAGUUCGAGCUGAGAUUCGGCAGCAAAUUGAAGACACGAGGGACUGCAUCAAUGUCGUCGUCACGACUUACACAAUUGCAAAGGCCAAAAUAGAUGCCGCCUUCCUUCGCUCCAUGGACUUUUGUGUUUGUGUAUACGACGAGGGCCAUAUGUUAAAGAGCAGCAAAUCCGUGCUCUACGACAAACUAAUCCGCAUUCCGGCCCAGUUCCGGCUAUUACUUACCGGUACUCCCCUUCAGAACAACCUGCAGGAGUUAGCUUCACUGCUUGGGUUUAUCCUACCUUCAGUCUUUAGAGAGAGAAAGGAGGAUCUUGAGUACAUCUUCAGCGCCAAAGCCAAGACUGUCGACGACACACAUGCGGCGUUACUAUCCGCGCAACGCAUUGCUCGAGCAAAAUCCAUGCUCACCCCCUUCGUGCUGCGGAGGAAGAAGCAUCAAGUGAUCGAUCUGCCGCCUAAACUCACCAGCGUGGAAUAUUGCGAGAUGAAUGAGGCACAGAAAGAAAUAUAUACUCACGAAGUCGAGACCGUACGACAAUUAAUUGCAGAUCGAGCCGCGGGGAAAAAGGUGGGCAACAAGUCUGCCAACAUCCUCAUGAAACUACGCCAGGCCGCCAUCCAUCCCUUGUUCUACCGACGUCACUACGACGACAAGACGCUCAGCCGUAUCGCCAAAGCAUGCAUAAAAGACGAAAAAUGGGCUGCAUCGGACCCGGACCAAAUCUACCUUGAACUAUGUGCCUACAACGAUUUCGAAGUCCAUACCCUCUGCGAACAAAACCCAACCGCCCUGUCCAGAUUCAUACUUAAAAACGACGAAUGGAUGCACUCUGGCAAGGUGGACAAGCUCUGCGAGUUAUUAACCCGCUUCAAGGAGAACGGCGACCGCACUCUCGUCUUCUCCCAAUUCACCAUGGUCAUGGACAUCCUCGAGCACGUCUUACAAACGCUGCAAAUGCGCUUCUUCCGCCUUGAUGGCAGCACCAGCGUGGAAGAUCGCCAGUCCACCCUUGACGCCUUCCACGAACAAGUCGACAUCCCCGUCUUCCUCCUGUCAACCAAAGCUGGCGGCGCGGGUAUUAACCUCGCGUGCGCGAAUAAAGUUAUCAUCUUCGACUCUAGCUUUAAUCCGCAGGAGGACGUGCAGGCGGAGAACCGCGCGCAUCGGGUGGGCCAGACGCGCGCGGUUGAAGUUGUGCGGCUUGUCACCAGGGAUACGAUUGAGGAGCAGAUGUAUGCGCUGGGACAGACGAAGCUGGCGCUUGAUCAGCGAGUUUCUGGAGAGGAUGAUGGGGGGGCUGCGUCGGCGAGGAAGAGCGAGGAGGCUGGAUUGAAGGUUGUGGAAGAGAUGGUGAUUGCGAAGCUUAAGGAGGAAAAGAACGAUGAGGCUGGUGAACCUCCUGCUGCUGCUGCUGGUGGAUCUGAAAAAGUGGAAACAGCAGAAAUAUCUUGA